UGAGAAAAAGGUCUUGUUAUAAGUGAAAUUAUCUGCCAGUGGAACARUUCCUCUGCAGGUUUUCAUCAGUAGGUCUCUAUAAAUGCUGGACGCCUUCAUGCAUCACACGGGUUUUCUGAAGGUGGAAGUUGAUCCUUUCUGUCUGUCGCCUCUGCUGUUCUGAUCGGCCUUCUGAGAUUAUUCAUGGUUUUCAGAUUAUUUCUGGACAUGUUGUACUGCAACAUGUCUCCAGAUCUGGCAGAAGAACCAUCCAUGGUUUUAUGAUUGGAAACAAUAAACACACAACUGAAAACUAAUUUGGUUGGUUUUUUCUGUUGCAUUUGAUACUUUUGCUUGUUCGUUUCCCUCAUAUUCAUUUUUCCUCUGUUACCUCAGAUCACCUCACAGCUCCAUGUUAGUCAGUAUCCAUCCUCCACAGUACAUUUACUAGCCAGUUACUCCCAUCCUUUGUCAGAUCCUUGUGUUUGUGUGUCAUCAUGUCUGAUUUUCUAUGAUUUUUGCCUUUGAUUUUUCAGUUCUUUGGUUUAUUUUUGACGUUUCUUUGCUUCCAUGUUCCUUGUCUGAUUUGGAGAUUUUGUUCUAGUUUUAUGUUGGGUCAGAGUUAAUGGACGCCUUCAUUUGGGCCACCGUAGGAGAAACUUAACUCUGUUAAACAGCAGCUUAAAAACCUAAAGGAAGUUUUUACACAUCAUUACUGGUAUUCUAAUAAAAAUCAGAGUGAUGAUGUUUGGUGUUAUUCAGCUGAAAACAUGCUGGACGCUGGUUUUGCUGGUACAAACUGUUGGCUAAUCUGAGACAUUGCAACAUAUUGCACUUCCUCUUUCAUCUGAAAGUUGAAUUUAUUUACAUUUUAGGGCUUUCUAAGAUCCUGGGUAAGAGACGAAAAGCACAAGAUGGGAUGGUUGUAUCUUAUAUUAACAUAAAUUUGCUUUUUAGAAAUAUGGUCUUCAUCCUGUUUUUWAAAAAAACGAUGAGUUAAUGGUAUGGAAACCAAAUGACGUCAUGCAUGGUGGGUGUUGCUUUGUUCAUAAUAAUAACUGAAAGAAGGAAGUUACAUCGUCUUCACUUGGARGCUGAGAGAGUUGAACAACGUCCUGCAGCCGCCGGACUGACAGGAAAUGGCCAAACUGGAGAUAUUUCUGCUCUUUGUGCUGCAGCUGGAAGGUAUCAGUGGAGAUGAACCUCAUUUCUAUCACACCGUUGGAGAUGAUGUUGUGUUGCCUUGUGUUGGUCCAUCUUCUCCAUCGUGCCUCAGUGUUAGAUGGCUUUAUAAUGACAUUGUUAACAGCUCGACUGAGGUCAAAAUCACAAAUGGAAACAUUAACCAGAAGUCAGUUAAUGCAGCCAGGCUGAGUUUGGACACUGACUGCUCUCUGGUCAUAAAGAGCAUCAUUCCUGAGGAUGCUGGACGUUAUACCUGCCGGAGAGGAAACACAGACAGCCUAAUGCAUCUGAAUAUUUUAUCCAUCUCUCCAUCUCCACCAGCUGGUGAUGCAGCAAAUGAUGGAAAUAUAAAUCUACAAUGUUCUCUGUGGAGAUUUUUAAGGACCAGUUGUUCAGUUAACAGACUCGUCUGGAUAAAUGACACAGGAAGUGAACUAGUUGGUGAAGAUGUCUCCAACCAGAGGACCAGURCACAGAUCCAGUGUGUUUCCUCUCUGACUGUGAAGCCUCUGAAUAACAGAUACACCUGCCAGUUUUUUGAGGGAAGCAGAAAGAAGAUAGAAGCUCACUACACACCUUUAUCUACAGAUCAGCCUCAGACGCAUCCGGUCUACAUCAUUGGUCCGGUGCUGGCGGUGGGGCUGCUGCUGCUGCUGCUGGCUGCCAUCGCUGCUGUUCUCAUCAACUGCAGGAAGAGAACCAAACAGUCAGACGAGCCCCAGAACUCCAGUUCAGACGUCAGAAAAGCAAACAAUCAAAUUCACCAAAAUGCGGAGUUACCUUGCACUCUGACCUAUGCGUCGAUCGGCCAUUUUACUCCAAACCCCCCUCACAGGGUCGCAGUUCAACACGAUGCCGUCACUUAUUGUGCUGUGAAGCCUAAAACGGAGACGGACUUCGAUCCCAACAGUCUCUACAGUCGCAUCGGCAAACCAGAGUAAACCAGACAGGAUGACGUGAAUUAUCAUGACUUUGCGUUACUAAACAUCUCAACAGGAAGUGGACGAGUAAGUUUGUGCUUAAAUGGCUGUAUAGUUCUAGUUUAUUAUUAAGGAAGUGCAACUAUUUUUUUUCUUUGCAUUUAAGAUUUCACCAUAAAAAAAGAAAAAAAACCUCAGUGAAAAAAGCUGCCAUUUCUGCUCUUUAAGAAGAAGUCGUAGCUAUUAGGAAACUACUUCUUAAUCAAAUGAGGAGAUCAAUAACCAAAGCUCAUCCUGGAAAUCAAUUUAAUUCCAUCAUUCAGUUGGAGGAUGUGACUGUUUUACACUGGAAUAUAUAAAAACAAGACAUCAAAUUAGUGGUUCUGCAUGAAAUAUUGAUAUUUUUUUUGUGUGAUAUGCAAGAAAAGUACCAAAUAAAAUGUAGUUUGAUAUUAAAAAGGUAAGUCUAAUGGUUGUUGUGAUUAGUUAGCUAAAGGGUACCGUAUUUUCCGCACUAUAAGGUGCACCGGAUUAUAAGGCGCAACUUCAAUGAAUGGCCUAUUUUAAAACUU